UACAACAAAACUAUGGUUUAGAUACUCAUCUCGGAAACCGCUCCGCAACUUCUUAUCCUAUCUUUUUCCUUCGCUCCAAAUAUCACCAUGGCUUCAACCACGCUAUCCUACGCCACCCUCGGCUCCGCCUCUUAUCCUACGCUCCCCUCCUCCCAAUUCCCCAAUCCACCUCUCGGUUUCCCCUCCAAAUCCCUUUCCAAUCCCCUCCGUCGCCGCGCUCGCCUCCUCCGCCCCCUCGCUGCCGUCGACGCUCCGCCAAAGGUAGUUGAUCUCGCCGAUCGGAUCUCGAAUCUCACCCUCGCCGACGCGCAGAAGCUCGUCGAGUACCUCCAGGACAAUCUCGGCGUGUCCGCCGCGUCCUUCGCCCCCGCGGCUGCCGCCGUCGCGGCUCCUUCGGCGGGAGAGGCUGCGGCGGUGGUGGAGGAGAAGACGGAGUUCGACGUGGUGAUCGAGGACGUGCCGAGCAACAUGAGGAUCGCAACGAUCAAGGUGGUUAGGGCUCUCACGAGCCUCGCGCUGAAGGAGGCGAAGGAGCUGAUUGAAGGAUUGCCGAAGAAAUUCAAGGAGGCGGUGUCGAAGGAGGAGGCGGAGGAGGCGAAGAAGCAGCUCGAGGACGCCGGCGCUAAGGUCUCAAUCGUCUGAUUUUCGCGGUAAAUUUUCACAUUUUUAGCUUCUUUCAAUUUGGAUGUGAGUGAAGAUGUAGAUGUAGUGAUAAUGCCGAUUUUGUUAAUUUCCGUUCCAAAAUUUAUCUUUGGUUUAUGGAUAUUUGAGAUUCAUAUUUUAUAUAUAUACAUUAUGCUGAAGUUGGGCUUGAUGAUGUA